GAACUGAAUUUAGGGAAGAAAGAGGAGAAAGUGAAAGAAGUCGAGCAAAGACUUCACUCGCAGGUGAAGAUCGUUAAGGAGAAGAUCGACAACAAAAAGUUGUCGGAAAUAGAGUUAGCGAAGAGUCGCAAGGAUUUGGAGAUACUUCGCAAAGAGAAUGAGGUUUUAAAGGAGAGAGUGGACAGUAUGGAAGACUACCAGUCCAUGAAAUUUGAAAACAAAUCGCUUAAGAAUGAGAUUCAUGUGAUUAAAGAGACGCUGAAAUCGAAACAAACGGAUUUCGAGAUCGAAAGAGAAAAGUUUGACAAAACAGUUAAAGAAAGCGAUGAAAAGAUAUUGAAAUUGCGAAUGGAUUUAAGGAAAUGCGAGCAACAAGUUCUGCUAAUGAAACAAAAACACCAGGGUGACAUUGAUGAGUACGACAAUAAACUGGAACAACUGAACAACCAAUUCAAACAGUCGACACUUGCGGUCAAACAACUCCAACACAAAAACCAUUUGUUAUCAAAAGAAAUCUUAAGCAUAAGAAACGAAACGCAGAAAUCAGUUUCACUGAAGGAAAUGCCAAACAAUAAUAACAAUCACAGGGAAAGUGAUGGCCAGACGUUCGGCUGUUACAUCUGCGAAGACAAUGUUAAAGCACUGGAAGAAUCUUCGCUCGAAUUUCUUGUGACACAGAAACUGAGUUCCGAUCCAAACAAUGAACAUAAUCUCGAUUUGCAGACAUUGAAGACAGUGUCUAAUCCGCAAAAUAAGGCUCAAGAGAACGGUUCCCACGGGAGGGAACAAAAUCAAAACGAAGUGCCAUUCAGUGACAACAGAAGUCAUGCCAUAAGAAUCACUGGAAACACUGGUGCCAAACAAAAUGCCAUUCAAUUGAUGCAAACUAAUGAUAACAAACAGACAUUCGAUGCAAAAGCCGAAGACAUUAAAUCAAAUAAUAAUACUUUGAAUUACAAUAAUAUUCAUAAACAAAGAGUGGAGAAGAGUUCCCACGAAGAUUACGACAAAGACAUAUCAAAUACAUUCGAUGAUUGGUAG